AUGGUCAACAUCCUGGAGUACAAUAUUGGGGUGGCUGCAGAGGAUCUGAACAGAUAUUGUUCUGGAGGGUUUCAUCCCAUUCACCUCCACGACAAACUCCACGAUGGCCGUUAUGAAAUUGUGCACAAGCUUGGUUUUGGUGCCUUCUCCACUGUAUGGCUUGCACGGGACAACCAGGAGCAGCGGAAUGUAACCGUUAAGGUCGUCACCGCCGACAAAUCAGACGAAACCAGCCGCGAGCUGAGUGUUCUGCAGGCUCUCAAGGAGCGAGGCGACGUCAACCAUCCUGGGCACAACCAUGUCUCCCACCUUGUCGAGUCAUUCCAUAUCCAGGGACCCAAUGGGCGGCACCUUUGCGCCGUUCAGGACCUGUUGGGACCUACGACAUCAUCUGUGACGGAUCGAUGCCCAAACUACCGGCUGGAAGGGAAUCUUGCCCGGUCCAUCUCUAGACAGCUCCUUCUGGCCGUUGACUAUUUACACUCGGCCGGCGUGGCACACGGAGACAUCCACAUGGGCAAUGUUCUAUUCCGUCUCCCCGAACUGGAAGUGGCAUCCCCGGAGGUCAUCAUCAAAGACCUAGGCCCUCCGCAGACAGGGAAGAUCGCCAGGAAAGAUGGAGGACCUCUUGAACCGGGUAUGCCAGAAUAUCUUGUGGAACCGGCCGAGUUUAACCCGAAGAUAUACCCUCACCUGCGUGAGGUCAGACUAAUCGAUUUUGGCGAAUCUUUUUUCCUUUCCAACCCCCCUAGCGAAAUAUCUACACCAAUGUCCCUACACCCCCCGGAGCUUGUCUUUCAACGUGGUCUGAGUAGGGCGGUGGAUAUCUGGAAUCUUGGUUCCACGACUUACGAGCUCAUCACCGGUCGAACGCCUUUCGAGGCGGAUUUCGAUGAUAAGGACUUGAUCCCGCAGUUUCAAAAAGUCAUUGGCGGUCUCCCUGAACAGUGGAUUCAAGAUGCACUUGCCAGCGGUGUUUUGAAAGAACCUCCCAAUUAUUCAACAGCAGAGUAUUUCCUGUCUCUGGAAGAAGAGAUCCGGAGGUCCUACAACGAUGAAUACGAAAGGGACACACUUCAAUUUGGCGAGGCAGAGCUAGAAACACUUGGUUGCUAUCUUCGGAAACUCUUGGUGGUUGACCCUGAUCACAGGGCUACGACCUCUGAACUCCUGAACGAUCCCUGGGUUUCACAAAAAGAGUCCAAGUCACAAGCCACAUAA